UCCAGAUACAAAAUGGAUUUGAUAGAAUUGGUAAAAUUAGGAAAACAAAUUGUUGGAAAGAAAUCCUUCAGCAGCUGAAACUCAGCCACGUGUGAUUCCAAGCUUUUGUGCAGGCAAGGCAAGAUUUUAAAUGAUGUAGUGUCAGACCAAGACUGUAACAUAGUACUAGAGAAGGGAACCAAAUCUUCUGCAAACAUUUACACAACCGUCUGUAUACUGAUGGGUAGAGGUGACCUGUACUGGCCUGUCCUUUAAAGGACAUUGUUUUCUAUUGAUAUUUCAUCUAAAGGUUUUUCCAUUAAUUGAGAUGAGCUUAUGUAACCAUUUUAAUACAUUACUACUUCUCCUCUCCUGAGGCCAGGUCAACAACAGGCUGCACGAGAGCUUUAACACACCUCUCCAAUAUGCGCUUACAUGGUCCCUGCUAUACAUGAUAGCAUGUGAACUCAGCUGGCUGCAAAGAAAGGCAAGAUCAGGACUGACUCCAGUUUGCCCUUGGGACCAGAACAUGGGCCUGGUUGUGUACAGUUGAUCAGUGAAUUAUAUCCUUACUGAUCCCUUCCAACUUGGGAUAUUCUAUGGUUCUCUUUGCUUUAAAUUCUCUGCACUGUCACAGCGGACUACUUUGUCUUUUAUUACUGUGUGUUGACUAGCCUUUUCUGGGCUUUGACCAUUUGUAUAUUUUCCUUGUAAAGCUGCCAGAAAAUUAGACCUGGUUAUCACUAAUCUGUGUACCUCAACAGUCCUUUUCUCCAUCUUUCUCUUCUUUGGUGUUUGUGGAAUAGCAGAAGUUGUGCUUGGGCAUUCUAAUUUUUCCCCACAUUCAAAUAUACACAAAGUAGUGAAACUAAAGGUGUUUAAGAGUUCUUACAUCAGGGAAAUGUUUGUUCUGAGGAAAAGACCUGGUACGUGCUGUAUUUCUCCUGGGAGCUCUUUUGUCUGAAUUAUGAUCUACUGGCUUGUGAUGAACAGUGGUGUCUUAAAACUGUACUGCUGACACAAUAUUGAAGUAGAAUACCCUGAAGGAAAGACAGUGAUGCACUUAAGUAAUUAUACCACGUAUCCUGGGCCGGCUUUUUGAAUGUUCAUAGUUACCUUUUGCAAAUAUCUUGUUUCAUUCCCUUGUGUGCUUGUUUGAGGAACACAGGAGUAACAGUAAAGUUAUCCCCGUCGAAGCCUUAAAGCUGAGCAUCCAGCUGCUGCCACCAGCGCUCGGUCUGGCAGAGCAGCCCAUUCAGUUCCCAGCAGACAGCAGUGCCGGUGUCUCGGCCUCCAUCUCACUUCCUAGAAGUGGCCGCGAUGGUGAGCACACCGACCAGGAAGUGACGUCUGUCGCAGUGGCUCCUGCAAACACCCGUCACUCGGGGAAGCACAAACCUGCCCCGUAGCCCAUAGCCACUGCUAUAAAGCAACACGCCCCAUCUGAGCUCUGGCACAUCUUCCUUCAGCUGAUGUGUUGGGUGAGAGAAAUGCAGGCAUGCUGGCAGCAUGAGAGGAGAAACAUCAUUUGACUCACUGAAGAAUUAAAUCCAACAGCACUGCAGAGCCGCGUGGGAGAGAAGGGGAUUUUAGACUCAAGUGGCAGAAUCAAGUCUUCAGAAGUAAAGACAUUUGGAACAGCUUCUCCCCAAAUGGAAGUUAUUUAGACAGCCCCUGAGACCUCUCUGCAUCCUGCUUCUGCCGCACCGGGACGGUGUUCUUGGCCCCGGUCUUAAACAAAAUGUUGGAUUCUAUCAAGUGCGUGCUGGUGGGAGACUCUGCAGUGGGAAAAACAUCUCUCUUGGUACGUUUCAUCUCUGACACUUUUCCAGACAACUACAGACCCACUGUGUAUGAGAACACUGGAGUGGAUGUGUUCAUGGAUGGCGUACAGAUUAGCCUAGGCCUUUGGGACACAUCUGGAAGCGAUGCCUUCAAAGGCAUUCGCCCCCUGUCCUACCAACAGGCAGAUGUGGUGUUAAUGUGCUACUCUGUGGCAAACCACAACUCCUUUCUGAAUCUGAGGAGCAAAUGGAUUGGCGAGAUCCGCAACCAUCUGCCCCGCGUCCCUGUGCUGGUAGUGGCCACGCAGACCGACCAGCGUGAAUCGGGGCCCUACCGCUCCUCCUGCAUCAGCUCGAUGGACGGCAAGCGGCUCGCCCAGGAUGUGCGAGCCAAAGGCUACUUGGAGUGCUCAGCCCUCAGCAACCGCGGUGUGCAGCAGGUGUUUGAGUAUGCUGUGCGGACAGCAGUCAAUCAAGCCAAGCGGCAGAACAGGCGGAAACUCUUCUCCAUUAACGAGUGCAAGAUCUUCUGAGGACUGCCAGCAGUGGUUUUGCCUACGUUCGUUGUUUCUGCCUUUGCACAAAGAUGCUGCGGCAGAGAUAAUGGGAGCGAAUCAAAGACAGGAGGACUCCUGCCAGGACGGUGGUACAGGUGGCCCCAGUAAAACAGAUGUGCACUCUGUCAGUUCUGUUCCCCUACCCAACACACAUGGGCGCUAUCUUUAAAAAUGACAGAUGCAGGCAGGGGCCUUUGUUCACAGCCCUGUGUUUGUAAUUUGCCGUCCUGGACUGAAGCAGACCCAACCUAGAGAUUUACGGUUCAUAGUUGUGCAGAUUUUGUUAUCAGUGUUCCUCAGCUGUUGGUUUGUCUGCAUUUAUUUCAUGACAAACUUCACCUGGAUCAACCUCCCCUCUUGACAUAUCUGUCUGUGUGUGUUGGUUUUGUUUUUUUUAAGAAUCUAAUGCAUAAAAUCUGACCACUGUGUAUCUAUUUAAAAGAUUCUU